GUGACUGUUUACAAAAGAAAGAGAAAGUCUGGCAAGCACUUCCAUUUCAAAUGGCAUCUGUUGCUUUUGUCACUCCUAGCAACCUUUCAGAGCAGAUCCUCUUUGCUCAAAGAAGAAUUUACUUUACUCUGUUUGACCGAUUUAUAUAAUCACCAACCCCCUGUUCAAACAGGCCCUAGACAUUUAAUAUCUGACAUUAAGGUGACCUCGAUUUUUUUCUCUGAACCCAGGCAGUAGAUCCUUUUCAGGCCUUGAAGGCCACAGCGAUGGGUGUGGAUUGUUGUUACACUGACCCCAUUAAGACCAUCCGUAAAUGCUUUAAAUUAACGGCAUUGCAUUGUUCCUGUGGUAUCUCUCUGACACAAGCGGUUGCAAACGUCAUUGGUGACCUUGCACAACAUGCCUAAAUUCUUUGGUCUUCAAUGUGUCCAUAAAAUGAAUGAGGGGAUGUGUAAAUAUCACCUAAAACAGACAGAAUUCUAUAAUGGCUAAAAAUAUACAUUUUCCAUCUGCUAAACAAUGCCAUUGGCCAAUAUUUGCUGGGGUUUAUUGAUGACAUUGUUUUUUUUUCCUCAAAAAAGGAUAAAGGCGGCCCUUACUGACAUCAGAGGAGACUUUCUUUCUUAUAUUGGUUUUAUAGGGUAGUCUGAGGAAUUCAUAACACAAAUUUUUCAUUUGCAACGAACAAUGUUUUAGAAAUAUAAAAACUUUUUUUGUCCACUAUUUUCUUCCAUCGAUGUCCUUUUUUCCAGAACUGCAUAACAUAAUGUCUCUAUGCGAAUAGGCCUGAUUACUCUGCAUUUUGCUUUACCCAACAAUUUGCUAUCCAGACAUUAUGUAUUGCAUAUAAGGUGACAUUUAAUCUUCGCCUGAUUCAUAAUCUAACUUUAAGAACCAUUGUACUUCUUGUUUCAGUUAACAAAAGCUGAUACAUUAAGUGAAAGUGAUUUUGUAAACUUCUCUUUUAAAUGUCUUCAUCACAUAUGCAUGUGAACCUACCUGUGUCUGGAGGGUGAUUUUUACUUUUAGUUUUCUUACUUGAGUGGUCAGUUUUGAUCUCAUUCUGAAAUUGAUACAUGUAAUUGGUUAGAAAUAUAUUUUUAUAUAGCACAGGAUUCUUGUCAGAAAUGUCAAGCUGAACUGACAUUUUGCCCAUUGUAAUGUAAGUCUCAUUACCUACUUCCCUCUCAGACGCCUUCAGAGUACUGUCUAUUGUUCAAUUUUAAUCUUAAGUUUGUUCACAGUGCCUGCAGACAUUGUGAGAUGGCCCUGUUCAUCUUCAUAAUCUUUCAUCUUGUACUGGAGGAUAAAUCGCAAGGUUUGCCUCAGGCCAAGCUGACAAUAUUUCCAACAUUUGCUACUGAUGAAGAAAAGGUGCAGAUGGUCUGUGGAGGUCAUGAGAAUCAGCAUAUAUCUGAGUGCAUGUUUUACCCUGCAGGACAGGAGAACUUUUUAAAACCAAGUGCAUCGUGUAACUUUUCCCUUACUGGUGCCAACCUGAUCAUAUGGUCACAAGAUCAGGAGAGUUCACAUGUUAAUAUAUCCUGCUACUAUACUGUGCAUGCCUUAGGAGAAAAUGGAACAUCACCUCAUUCCAACAUAGUCUCAGUCAGGGUCAGAGGUUUGGCCACCAUGUCGUCUUUGCCACCAACCACAGAGGACAGCCCAACUACAAUGACCCUCAAUGGAGGAACCUUUCAAGUGAAUUUGUCCACUGUGUCAACAACGAACACAACAACAUCUUUGGCUGUAACAUCCAGUACUGAAAUCAUAACAGAUUCAUUAACCGAUAUGUCCAGUCUAAGUACCCAUGACAGCCAUAGUUUAAUAGAUCCUGCAAAUGGUGAGACCUCAUCUCCGGCUCAUUUCAUCUCAGCAUCCUUGGACUCGAGUACGCUGACUCACACUACAGAACAUGCAUCAAUUUUCCGCUUGAUGACUGAAGGUCCUAAAAUCAAAAAGUACUCAAAAACAAAAAUGUUUUUCUUGAUUGCUGUGGUUGCAAGUGGUGGAGGAAUUGUACUGACUGGACUCAUAAGCAUCUGUUUGUACAGAUGUACACGAAAGUCAAAGGCAGAGAGGAUUUGGAGCGAAUUCAUCAGCCAAAAACAGGGACUUUCUUUAGCAACAGCCAGUUCAGACACAACUGGAGAGGAAGUUGCAGCAAUUUAUUCAACCAUCAACGACAUGCAACCCCCUUCACAACCACCAGGAAACAGUGAAGAAUCAAUGACAACUGAGGUUGAACUGAAUCAUUUGUAUUCCACCAUCCUCACCAAACCGGCCAUCUCCAGUGACAGCAGGGGUGUUUACAGUCAGCCAAAGGUCCGCUGAAAGAAUAAAACUCUGCCUGCUACUGUUUUAAUGCAGGCCAGAGUUGAUCAGUCUUAUCUUAAACAGGAUUUAUUCCUCCAUAGCAAACUUCUGCUUCUUAAUUUCAUUAUCUUAACCUUUCAAAACUGUGACAUAAACGUCUGUCUGAUUUCGGUUUACUUGUAUUUUCGGUAGUUUCACAUGUACAGUAUAACCACACCAGAAGGCAGCAUUAAUAUGCAUACUUUUAAGUAAUAAUAAUUACAUAACAAUUGUUGUACAGUGUUAUUGUGAAUGGCAGUUGUAUUGCUGAACAUUGGGACACUCAUAUGUUGUCCUGUUGCUUUGUGUGAAUAUUUUACCUGAUGUUCAUUAUUUAAAGCACCCCUUUUUUCCUCUCUCUCUCUCUUAUUGUUCCUUUUGCACUUUUUCUUUCUUCCUCAAAGUUGCAUCUGAAAUCUCUUUGAAGACUGGAGUAAAGGCAGCUGAAAUUUCAGCUUUGCCAUCACAGGAAUAAAAUAUAAUAAGGGAAUAAAACUGUCAUUUUAAAUUGGAAUAAUAUUUACAAUGUUACUGGUUUUGCAUUUGUGAUCAAUUUGUGAACCUUAGUGAGCAAGAGAGACUUCUUUCAAAAACAAUAACAAAUCUUUCCAAGCCCAACCUUUUGAAUGGUGGUUUUCUGUAAGAAAUAAUUUAAUUUAAUUUAAUACUUUAUUUGAAUAACUUUGAAUAACAAAAUCAUCAUUUUAAAGUAAAAAAAAAAGAAAGGAAAAAAGACUAAAAAGAGGCUUAAAUCAGAGUUUAAAUAGUUAAAGGUAUUAAACAGCAGUUGUCUUGUUUUUGCAGCACCAUCUCUGCUCAACCACAAUGGUGUCCUGUGGAUUAACACUUUAGACAAACACAACCUUAACACUUCAGACAAACACAAACAAUUGUGAGAAAAUUGAAAAUUAUAUUCUGAACUUCCUUUUAAGCAUCAGAAAAAUAAAAUGUUGCUGAUCAUUAUACUUCUGUGUCAUAUGUUUAAUUUUAUAGAGGCAUUUCAAGCCAUUUGUUUAUAGGUUUCCUUUCAUUGCUUCCUCGUGUUUGUACUGAUGUGGUGUGUGUCUGUGUGUCAGUUCAUCACUCUUUCAUGUGACACUGACAUGGUGCUGCUCAUCCCCCUCAUCUUUACACUCUUUCUGGAGGUAAACUCUCAAGGUGAGUCACAAUUUCAAUUUUGAAAUAAACUUUUUAAUCUCAUAUCGAAUGUCUGUACUACUCUGUUUUAGGAUA